ACCUGCGACGUCUGCGGCAUGCAGUUCAGGUAUCUGAAGUCGUUCAAGAAACAUCGGCUGAACCACGCGCUGGAACGAUUGCAACGGGCGCCGGAGCCACAGAGCAGCACCGGUAUCGUUGUGUCCGCGGCGGCUGAACGGAGCGAUCAGGUGUCCAGCACGGGGGAGCCCUCUCAGGUGGAGACUGGUAGCGACACGACCACCAACCCAGGUGAGGAAGAGACCAGGGGCCCGUUCGUGGAGAACGCACGAGAGGAGAGCGUGUCGGAGACAGCGAGCGUCCAUGAAAACCCCGGUGAAUCUGUCGAGGUCCAAAUGACAGAGGCGCCUGUCCCCAACGAAAGAAGCUCGGCAGGCGUAGGUAGCGUCAGCGAAGUUGGUGACGUCGAUGACAACGCGGUGGACGACGACAGGUCCGAGCCAACCGAGGCUGUAAUCAGCUUGGCGCGUAGCAGCCACGAGGUCGACAGACGCGAACGACGAUUCGCCUGUCCGUUCUGCGGUAAGUGCGUCAGAUCCAAGGAGAAUCUGAAGCUCCACGUGCGCAAGCACACCGGCGAACGACCGUUUGUUUGCUUGUUCUGCGGUCGCGCGUUCGGCGGCAAGAGCGAUCUCACCAGGCACCUCCGUAUACACACCGGCGAGAGGCCGUACCACUGCGAGAUGUGCGGAAAAUGUUUCGCCCGGGCGGAUUACCUGUCCAAACACCUGACCACCCAUAUACACCAGCGCUGA